AUGUGUGUGAAAUCACGUUGAAUUCUCUUUGUAAACUCACGCUAGACUCUCUCGCUCUCUCUCUCUCACUAAAAUUAUCAUAAAAAUCUUCUUCUGCUUGUGCAAAAAUCAUGGAGAUGAAGCCUUCAUUCUACAAGACCUUGAUGAACCUCCCUCCCAAACUCGGAUUGCCUAAAGGUUUCACGGAUAAGUAUGGCCAACUCUUGUCCGAGAAGGCUACGUUGAGAAACGCGGGCGGCAAAACAUGGAAGGUUAGGAUCGAGAAACUGGAAAAAAAAGAAGAAGACGAUGAUUACUUCUUCACGGAAGGAUGGACCAAAUUCUCUCAAGACAUGGGCCUUGAGAUCUUCGAGUUGCUCGUGUUUUCUCACGCCGGAAACUCCACAUUCGACGUCUCCGUGUAUGCAGCCACCACACUGGAGAAGGAUGUGGGGAAUCCGGUACUGUCGUGCCGAGUUCAGUUGAAGGAAUACGAAUUCUAUAAAUUUUAUUUUCCGAAGAGUUUUGCAACGGCGUGUGGUUUGAUGGAGAAAACAAAGGUGUGGUUUGAGUAUGAGGGCGGGGAGAGUGUGCGAGUUAUUUUGACGGUUAAGGGCCGGCUUGCUGUUGGUCGGGGCUGGUCCGGAUUCAUGAAACCAAACGCCAUCACUACUAACAAAACUUACUCUUUCCAGUUCCUUCCCAAAGAGAAUGUGAUUAGGGUUCGACCAGACUCUCGUUAGAUUCCGGAUCGCCUAUCUCUACAUUUCUUUAUCUUAUGAUGUUAUGACUUUUUAAACAAAUUAAUAUUGUUGAGUGUUGAAAUUUAUGCCU